AUGGCGGAGGAACCGUCAACCAAGCGUCAUCAUGGCGAGAUGUCCGACAAGAAAACCCUCACAGGGGUUGAGCUCCACGGCAAGGAGACCCUGGAGAUCGUCUACACCAGUGAACUAGAGAAGGCCAACGAGAUGAUGAGCAGGCUCAGGAUGAAGGGCGACGGCUUGUAUCCGAGCUUCAUCGGAGUUGAUGUGGAGUACACUAGUGAAGAUGAACCUCCCCAGAUGGCAGCAGUCCUGCAGUUGUGCGUCGAGGAACUCUUCUUGGUGUACCGCAUCGCAGCAGCCACAAGAUGGCCCAAGCGCCUCAAACAGUUCCUGCAGGAGGAGAAAUUGUACACAUUUGCCGGUUUCAGCAUUGAAGGUGACAAGCGGAUGCUGAACAAGUCUGGUUUGGAGAUCAACCGCAACAACUUCAUCAACAUGCAGCGCAAGUGGAAAGUUCCAACCACAACCAAAUUCUACGACUCCUUGCCCGAUGUUGCAGCCAGCGUCAUCCAUCCAUUCUACAAAGGCAUGAAGAAGAACAUCGACAAGGAGGAAGAUCACAAACUGUGGGGGAUCAGCCCGCUGCCAGACAAGCUCAUCGAGUACGCAGGAAUAGAUGUGUAUGCCAUGUACAAGUCAUGGAAGAUAAUCAACAACAUCGUGACAGGUUGGGAUAUUUCAAAAGAGCGGGAGGCUGACCCCUACUACCACUGCAACUUCACGGGAUGA